AUGAUUUUUUUUCAAACGAAUGUUGGGACUAUAGCAGAGUAUGAUACACCAUCGUUUCGUUUAUGGUCAUGUUAUGCUAAUCCUUAUAUGUCGUUGACAAUGGGAUUUACAGGAAUAUGGAUGAGUGUAGGAAUUGCGAUUGAACGAGUACUGAUUGAAUGUUUUAAUAUGAAUUUAUAUGGAACACGUCCACAUGCUAUAUUCGUUUCAUUGGGAUUUUUUAUUUAUUCAGCUAUUUCAAAUGUACUUGCUAUAUUUGCUCGAGAAUAUGCUCCAGAUCCAUCAGAACAAUCGAUAUGUACGUAUAAUUAUACUUCACAUCCGGAAUGGGAACAUGCUGAUCUUGUUUUUUCUUAUAUUCAUGUCAUUGUUCCAUAUGUUACUCAUUUGAUUUGUUCAAUAUGUAUUCUAACAACGAUUGCUUGA